AUGGCAGAUGGAGUAUUAGGAGUUACUUCUGCUCAACAAAAAAUAUUUCCACAAGCAAAACGACUUAUGUGUUGGUUUCAUAUGAUAAAAAAAUGUCGUGAACAUCGAAAUCUGGUGGCUAAACAACAGUGGGAUGAAAUCCAUAAAGAGAUCCAUGCUGUACAAUUGAGUUUUAGCGCGAAGUAUGAAGGCUGUGUGUUAAAUAUACCAGCCACAAACAAUGGUAGUGAAUCAAUGAAUGCUAAAAUCAAGCAGCAAUAUACACUUCGAAAUAAAUUACAUCUGUCGUCAUUUCUUCCAAAGAUUGAGACCAUGCUGGGUGAUUGGUCGAAGCAUUGUGACACCAAUCCAUUUUCGGUUUGCGCGUCCAUCAUACCCGAUUGCGAACUAGCCGGUUAUAAAUGGGCUACAAUGAUUGAUCGUAACAGUAUUCUUUACUGGCAUGGCAAUUUUUAUGUUGUACCGUCAUCGAACGCCCAUAUAACAUCGUCGGCCUGGUUAGAUAUUUGUCGUUCUCGUCAGUGGCUCACAUUUAAUGAUUUUUGGUGUGGCAACAAUCCUUUAGCUAGUUGCACCAUUACAAUCAUGUAGCUGUCCAGUUGGCAUGAAACAAUAUUCAUGUAAACAUUCGGUUGGAUUGGCAAUUUUAUUUAACUUGUAUCAAGUCAGCGAUAAAACACAUAUUCAACCAUUGGGCAAACGAAAAACAAAAGGACGCCCCAAGAAAGUUAGCAAAGCUUUAAAUUUGUAAAUAAUUGUAAAUAAAACUGUGAAAAUAUUGCCUUUGAUAAAAUUUAUAUGUUUAUAUGUAUAAAAAUGUGAUGCUGGAAAAUUUGGUGAUCAAAAGUAUCUUUCUUUGGUGAUUAUUUGUAUCUAAAAGCGUUUGGUGAUCAAAACAAUUGACACCCCUUUAUCGCUCUUUUUAAAAACGAUCGAAAAGCGUGAACAGAGAAUGAAGAGAAGUAUAUAUCUUUAUUUUAAGCGAAUAGGUACCUACACCUUUCGAUUGAAUUCUUAACGAUCAAAGAGUGCUUCGAGUAGGUAUGCAAAGCUUUUUUAAACUUCCAGCAGCAGUCAAACGGACCUCAGAAGAAAAAAGAUUUUUUCUCUACAAGGGAUAUUGAGGCAAGUGUCCCGUAAAGUUAGCCUCUGCUAAUGGGCAACCAUCAGCAUUGUUGGCGCCAG